AUGUCUACCAUGCCGAAGAUCUUUCGCCCACAGAACAAGAAGCUGCAGCACCCUAAAAUGCACCCCCAACCGGUGCCAGGUUGUGAGCGUGAGCGUAGAGUUCCAUCCCAGGGCUCUGGGUGUAUAUUCCCGCUCGCACAACUCCCCAGUCCCAGCCUGGUGGCAGCACGGGCUUAUGCCUCACGAUACCAAAAACCAAUCGGGUGGAAGGGUGACGCAGGGUCGCGGCGUGGUAGCUUGACCGAAGUGCAGCAGAUUCCCAGAAGAUACUCUACAAUGGGGAACCUGGCAGAAAACACAGCAUUCUUAGGCAAUGCAUCUUUUGCGUGCAGUGUAGAGGUUAUUCCGGAAAUUCGGCUCACCAGUGAACAUCUAGAAGAAUCCGAAACUCGUCUCAUCGAUGCUGGGUCAAAAGGGGCGUCCGUUAUCGGCACCUCUGAUGCCAGGCGACAUUCCGAAACCCUGAUCCCCUCCAAUCCAACGCACCGUGUCCCAUUCCAGUAUACCCAUGACCGCUUGCAAACCUGGGGUCACGCUUAUUUCGGAAACAUUGUUACGGCUGAUGCUUUUGUCAAUGCAGUCAGCCUACGGCGACCAAGUUUAGUGAUAAUAAAAGAACAAGACGUCCAUGAGUCCUUUAGAUCGUCGGAUCAGGUGACGAUACGUGCGAGGGUACUACCCAAAGCAGUUGAGCGCAAGCCUUUCUUAAUUCAAAGGCAAUUUGAUAUUCGAAAAUUGAGAGACAGCAUACCAGCACCUCGGCCGAGUCAGGAACACCCACGGGGCUUAGCGACUAUAAGAAGGUCUAGUAGGCUUCGUCGAUUGUCUUUGCAGCAGAUUCCUACCCAAAAUCAACGUGGGACCGUACACCCUCAUCUUAGAAGGCAGAUCAAUACCGAUGACGUGGCAGUACCAAUCCAUAUAGAGUAUGCUUUACAUUAUCUUCCCGUUUUGGCAGCUUUGAUGCUAUCAGGACAUAUUCGCAAGGGCGAUUCCAUCGAUCUCCCUUUACCCAGCCCGGAAGCAUGGGUUGACACAAUCGCCUAUGUUUAUACCGGCCAAGGGGAAAUCACAUUGGCCAUGAAAGAGAACAUUUUGUUUCUAGCGGGACGGGUAGAAAGCGAAGGCUAA